GUCGGUGAGUUUCCUGCUCUGAGAUCCGAUGUGGGACAGAGAAUUUCCUCCAUCUGACUGCGCGUAAAGGACUCGGAUGUGCGCUUCGCUGUGCUUUAAACCCCUGUAGUUGGAGUAGAAAGUGCGCUUUGAUGUGAAGCUCUGCGCGCAGACCAAUUGCGCAUAGCAGCGUUCAGCUUUCCACUUAGAGCUUAAAGGUCUGAGACGCAAGAAAAGCCUCCUCAGUCACUGCAAAGUUUGUUUUUCUGGAGGGGAAACGUGUCGGAGUCCUGCCUGCAGGGUGACAAUUCUAGACUUUUAAAAAUCUGCGCCAAAGUUGACCAGAGAACCAUGGCUUUACCAGACAGUGGGAUAUCUGGGGAGGAGGUUCCCUUCCCAGAGAUAAUUGAACUCAAUGUUGGCGGUCAAGUGUACAUAACCCGCUACUCCACCCUCACAAGUGUGCCGGACUCUCUUCUGUGGGAGAUGUUCAGUCAGAAGUCCGCCAAAGGUCUGGCCAGGGACACCAAGGGGCGUUUUUUUGUGGACCGGGAUGGGUUCCUGUUCCGUUACAUCCUGGACUACAUGCGGGACCAGCAGCUGGUUCUUCCAGACCAUUUCCCAGAGCGUGGGCGUCUCCAGAGGGAGGCAGAGUUCUUCAACCUGCCAGAACUGGUCAAGCAGUUGGCACCCAAAAUUAGCAAGCAGAACUCACUUGGUGACGAGGGAUGCCAGAGUGACCCAGAGGACUCUUCACCGGGGAUCGAUACCGUCCGCAGUCUGGGCUCCCUUGGAGCCACAGCGACCUGUUCCAGCCUGGGGCCGGGGGCCAUGGAUGGCAAGCGCUCCGGGUUCAUCACCAUUGGCUAUCGAGGCUCGUACACACUGGGCCGCGACAGCCACACGGAUGCCAAAUUCCGGCGUGUGGCACGGAUCAUGGUGUGUGGGAAGACCUCCCUGGCCAAAGAGGUGUUCGGAGAGACGCUGAACGAGAGUCGUGACCCUGACCGACCCCCUGAGCGCUACACAUCCCGCUACUAUCUGAAGUUCACCUUUCUGGAGCAGGCCUUUGACAAGCUGGCAGACGCAGGCUUCCACAUGGUGGCCUGUAACUCCACAGGAACCUGCGCCUUUGCCCAUGAGCAGACCGACGACAAGAUCUGGACCAGCUACACUGAAUAUGUAUUCUACCGUGAGUGAGACUAUCGGCUUUGUUUCCCCGGUUCCCUCACCCCCUUCUCCGUCUCCGAGAGACCUCCUCACCCUACCCACCUCCCCUCCCGCCUCCAGCCAUCCUGUCUUUGAUGGCUUCUGGUCCAGUAGAUGUUCCGUAGAUGUUGUGCCCUUCCAUCUCUUUUUGCAACCUCCAUGAACAGAAUCCAGCUGCUGGUGCUCUGACUCUUCUACUCAGCAGGUUGAAUCUGCAAAUUCUCCCAUCAACCCCCUCCCGUCAUCCUCAGGUCCAGCUUUUGCCCCCUCUUCUUACGUCGCCGCUCCACCUAGUUGUAGUCCCCCAUCGCUCGGCAACAGCAACCCCACAUCCUUCCCCGCAGAGACUGAAACCUUCUCCUUUUGUACCUAAUGUAUCUACUGCAUAUGCCUUGGUGAAGCACAACACUUUAUCUAAUUUUGCUAAACAAAAAGUGCUCAAGUGACAAUGAAAUCAGUCAUGAAGGCAAACGAGAAAGGGCUGAAUGCUGUGAUGCACAGUGCAGGUCUGUGGCUGCCUUCUCCAGCAAAACGGGACUUCUCCUGUUCCUCUGAACUAAAUUAGCAGAUAAUUGAACAUCUUAUCAGGCCUGAAGGACGCAACCAACCCCAACAGAAGAUAGAAGUCUAAUCUAAUUUCCUUCCGUUUUUAUUAAAUUUGUCUCGCGCCACAUGGUUUGAGAGUCUGUCAUCGUUUAUUUGUUCAGUUUGGAACGAGUGAAGCUGGAUGUAGCCACAGGAGAAGGAACAUUUAUAAGCAGAAAAUAAUAUGUAAAAGCCAUAUGCAGAAAUAUAAAAAAAAUAUGUGUAUUUUUUUUCUAGAGAAAUAAAAAAAUAUUUUUCAUUCCUUCACAUCCAAUCACUCAUUAACAAUAGUGUUGUUAAUACUCUGUUCAGUAUUAGUUGAAGCUUGUGCAUAUUUAAUGGCGUGUCUCACUUACUGUAAGUGAAUACCCACACGAGAGCGUAGGAUUAUGCCGCCAUGCUGCCAGCCAAAGCCAAUUGUUUUCUCGCUUCUGUAGCAAGGGCACAGCGAGGGCAGGACUUAGCGACUGGGAAGAGCUUAACUCACCUGGAACCAGACACAGCCUCAGGACUGCCUCAUAUACCUCAAAGAAAUCCACAACAUUCAGAUCCACGAACGGGGAAGAAAUGUGUCUGAGAGUACAGGAAUUUGAGCAGACGGUGGGAAAAAAAGGAGAUUCUGUACGAGAACGUGAGAUGUAGUUUGAUGUUUGACAAUAAAUGUCUGAAAAGGAAA